AUGGGUGGCGGCGAUCUCAACCUCAAAAAGUCGUUUCAUCCGACGCUGCGGCGAAACCAGCAGGCCGUCUGGGACGAAGAACAAAAGGCGCUCGCCGAGCGAAAGCGCACCCAGCAGCGCAUCAAUGAGAUCAAGGAGGAGCGCGCCAAGGAGGAGCUGCAGCGGCAGCUGGAGGCCGCCGGCGGCAAGAAGCGAGUCGACCGCGUCGACUGGAUGUACCAGGGCCCCACGGACGGCCAGGUUGGGACCACCGAGGAGACGGAGGCCUACCUGCUGGGCAAGCGGCGGAUCGACAACCUCAUCAAGGGAACCGAGCACAAGAAGCUGGAGAAGGCGGCCGGGGAGGAGAGCUUCAUGGCUCUGCAGAACGCCAACAGCGCCAGAGACACCGCCGCCAAGGUUCGCGACGACCCGCUGCUCGCCAUCAAGCGACAGGAGCAGGCUGCGUACGAGGCCAUGAUGAACGACCCUGUCAGGCGGCGGAAGCUGCUGUCCUCGAUGGGCGCAGCGGAUGACAGGAAGAAGAAGGAGAGGUCGCGAGAUAAGGAAAGCAGGCGCAGGAGACAUGAGCAUGGGCAUGGCCGACACGGACACAGGAGCAGAAGCAGGGAGAGACACUCGGAUGAGCAAGACGGGGGACCCCGACGUAGUCGCAGAGAACGAAGCGCAGGUCGGGCAAGGGAAUCGGACGAGGGGGAGAGGCGGCAUGGGGGGCGGCGGCGGCACAGAUCGUAUUCACGGUCGCGCAGUCCGCGGCAGUGGCGCCGUCAAGACGGGCAGGACGAGGAGCGUCGGGAGAGACACGGGCCUCGUCGACAUUCGGGCGAUGAUGACAGCCUACGACGGCCAAGACACGAUUCUCGGGAGAGACGGUCCGAUGGGCACCACAGGGGCGGUGAUGAUUUGGACGGGGGAAGCCGACACGGCCAGAGACGGGCGGCGGGACCGUGGCGGGACCACGACCGAGACGGAGCGGCUGAAAAGGCGCGCAGGUUAGCCGCCAUGCAGUCUGCCGCGUCCGAGAUGGAUCACGACCGCGGGAAGCGUCUCGCUGCCCUGGAGGAGCAGGAACGCGCGGCAAGGGAGGCGGAGGACAGAGCGAGGGAGCGGCACGGCGAGCGAGGCUUUGCGAACGGCCUGCACAAACAGGCUGGCAAGAUGGAUCUGGGCGAGCGAAUAGGUCGAAACAGGCAAGCGUACCAGCGGGAGGACGAUUAA